AUGUCCCAACAUUCAGAUUAUUCUCGAGCAGCUCGUUCUCAAGGCGAAGAUGAUUAUCAGUCAGAAAAUAUUCCUGCUGAUGUUUCUGGAGAAAAUGAUGAUCUAGCCGCAGAUGGCGACGAUAACGCUUUAGCCGAAUUGUUUGGUGUUGAAGACGAAGAAUUACAAGACGAGGAAGAAGGAGAAAACCUUUUUGGUGACGAUAUGGAACGAGAUUAUCGUCCACAGCCAGAGCUGGAUGUUUACUCACAAUCGGGCAUGGACGAUGAAUCAGAAUAUACGGAAUUGACGGAGGGAGCACGUCGUGCAGCUGAACGCGAGAUGGAUGAGCGGGAUAAUUUGCUGGAUGAAGAUGCUCUACUCUACGAGCAGGAUGAUGCAGAUGUAGGACGGCGUGUCCGCCGCUAUUUCCGAAAAAAUCGAACUGAUGAUAACGAAAUGGAAAUCGAAGAGGACGAAGAAAUUCCUAUCGAUAUUUUAGAAAAUUUCCGAGGGAGGUCGACACGCGAACACGUUUCAGAUGAAGCGGUGGGACGAGAAAUAGUCAGACGCUUUAAAAGCUUUGUUCGUGGAUAUAAGGACGCGAAGACCAAGAAACUAAAGUAUUUAGAGGCGAUAAAAUUGAUGGUGGCAGAAAAUCGUGAGUCACUAGAGAUUGAUUAUGAAGACUUGGCAAGUGAAAAUGGCGAACAGAAUAUUUGCUACUUCUUGCCAGAGGCACCUGUACAAGUGCUGAAUUAUCUUGAUCGUGGAGUGACCGAGGUUACACUUUCGUUAUUUCCGUUCUUUCCUCGUAUUGCUCCGGAAGUCAAGGUACGUAUACGGGGACUUCCUGUUGAAGAGGAUAUACGAAUGUUACGUCAGUUGCAUCUGAAUAUGUUGGUCAGAACAUCUGGUGUUGUAACAGUUACAACAGGAAUACUACCACGGUUGUCUGUUGUAAAAUUUGACUGCGGUGCAUGCGGUUAUCUUCUCGGUCCAUUUGUGCAACAUCAUGAUGAAGAAGUGAAACCUACAAUGUGUCCGUCUUGUCAAAGUCGUGGGCCAUUUGAGUUAAAUAUGGAGAAUACCAUUUACCAUAAUUAUCAACGAAUAACUAUCCAAGAAAGUCCGAACAGUGUUGCUGCAGGAAGACUGCCUAGAAGCAAAGAUGUGGUGCUUACAGCUGAUUUGUGUGAUGCAUGCAAACCGGGUGAUGAAGUCGGAUUAACCGGCAUUUAUACGAACAAUUAUGAUGGGUCAAUGAACAGCAAGCAAGGUUUUCCUGUUUUCAAUACCAUAAUAUAUGCGAAUUAUAUAACGAGGAAAGAUAAAAUUGAUUCUGACAGUCUUACGGAUGAGGAUAUUCAGAUUAUUCGGCAAUUAUCAAAGGAUCCACAGAUAGCUGAAAGAAUAUUUGCAAGCAUUGCUCCGUCGAUUUACGGUCAUGAUCAUAUCAAACGGGCCAUUGCACUGGCACUAUUCAGAGGUGAACAGAAAAAUCCUGGUGAAAAGCACAGCAUUCGAGGUGACAUCAAUGUUUUGUUAUGCGGUGAUCCUGGUACAGCGAAAUCUCAAUUUCUGCGCUAUGCUGCGCAUGCUGCACCACGGGCUAUUCUUACUACGGGCCAGGGUGCCUCGGCUGUCGGUCUUACGGCAUAUGUGCAGCGUCAUCCCAUAACACGAGAAUGGACACUUGAAGCAGGUGCAAUGGUACUUGCAGAUAAAGGAGUUUGUCUCAUUGAUGAAUUCGACAAAAUGAAUGAUCAGGAUCGCACUUCGAUUCAUGAAGCAAUGGAACAGCAGUCAAUAUCUAUAUCUAAAGCUGGCAUUGUUACAUCAUUACAUGCACGCUGCACUGUGAUUGCUGCUGCGAACCCAAUCGGUGGUCGCUACGAUCCUUCACGUACUUUCGCUGAAAAUGUUGAUCUUACCGAACCGAUUCUUAGUAGAUUCGAUGUGUUAUGUGUAGUGCGAGAUACGGUAGACCCAGUAGAAGAUGAACGGCUUGCUAAUUUUGUUGUGGACAGUCACCGCAAGCACCAUCCAAAUACAAAAGAAUUGCAAGAAAAAGAAGCGAAACAAAGAAAUUCACAACAGAUAUCUCAACCAGAAAAAGAUCCAGCCAGUGGUUUAGAGUUGAUACCACAAACGAUGUUGAGGAAAUACUUGAUGUACGCCCGGGAAAAUACACAUCCGAAAUUGGAACAGUUGCCGCAGGAUAAAAUUUCGAAAUUUUUUGCCGAAAUGCGCAAAGAAUCCUUGGCAACAGGAUCGGUUGCUGUAACAGUGCGUCAUGUGGAGUCUUUGAUUCGUCUAGCCGAAGCUCAUGCUAAAAUGCAUCUUCGUUCCUAUGUAUGCGAUGAGGAUGUCGAUGUAGCUGUACGAGUAAUACUUGAAUCAUUUAUUAACACACAGAAAGCAUCUGUUAUGCGGCAAAUGCGAAGGAAUUUUGAUAGGUACAUUUUUGUCAGUCGUGACCACAAUGAAUUACUGUUGUAUCUCUUGAAGCAAUUAGUUAGAGAUCAGUUGCAUUAUGAACGAGCGCGACAUAAGGAGACAACUCUGUCAGCUAUCAGUAUUCCCGAAUCUGAUUUUAUUGAAAAAGCACAACAAGUUCACAUCGAGAAUGUGGAGAAUUUUUACAGGAGUCAACAUUUCCGCAUAAAUAAUUUUAUAUAUGAUUCCAAGCGAAAGCUAAUUGUACACAACUUAUAA